GUUCAUUGUUAGUUCUGGUAUGACUCAAGAUACGCAGAAAACCCGUUUGUUUGUGAGCUCUUCUCCCAGACCUAAUCCCGUGGUGAAAGGACUGUUAACAAGUAGCUGCUGCACUAUCAGACAAGAAACUCUAAAUCAAUCGUCCAACUAACUCAUCAAAAUGUAAGCACCUCGAGGAGUCAGCCAAACGCGUUUAUUCCCAUCAGUCUCCAGCGCGCACUCAACUCGAUCUCCAGUCAGAAGCCCGGAGAGAGAAAAAAGUGGAUCUUACCAGUUUAAAAAAGGGUGAAAACAAUACGGGACAAUGCUGAGAUCUUUCUUGCUUCUUGUUUCUCCUCUGCUGAUGUCUUUCUGCGACGGAGUGUGUUUCAUGUGUCCGGAGAUCUGCCGCUGUUCUCAGAAGAGCAUCACCUGUAACAGCGCGACGGAGAGCCUGAAGAGCAGGACUCACAGCAGACUAGUUUUAAACUACAUCUCACUGAAAAUCAUCAGCACUCACAGUUUUGAUGGCCUAAAGGGAGUGAAAAGAAUAGAAAUCGCCCAGAGCACAUCAGUGGAAACCAUAGAGAAGGAAGCAUUUAACAAUCUUCUGAAUGUCUCAGAGAUCUCAAUCCAGAACACACGGAGCCUCGUUCACAUUCACAAAUGGGCGUUCAACCAUCUUCCCAAUCUCAAAUAUCUGAGUAUUUCCAACACUGGCAUAGGUGUAUUCCCUGACCUGACCUCCAUCUUCUCCCUGGAGUCUGAUUUCAUUCUGGAAAUUUGUGAUAAUCUCAACCUGCGUUCAAUCCCAACAAAUGCUUUCAUCGGAAUGACGAGUGAAAUCACCACAAUGCAAGUAUCUCACAAUUUUUCAAUAAAUGACUCUCCAUGA